AUUUGUGGGCUUUGUAUAUGAACUGAGCUAGAGCUUGUAAAAAUCGAUCCAUGCCGAGAUUGCCCCCUUGAAGACGCAAGUGAAUGCAUAUCUUGUGAGCCGCUCUCUUCUUGUUCCUUAAUUUGCCCUUUUUAUCCAUCUGCUCCUCCAUCCCUUCUCCAAUUCUUGAAAUAUACUCCAUUUAUGGGCACCACUCCACCUUGAAUCGUCUUUUUGUGUCACUUUAUAGUCAAAAGAAUCUCUUGCGGUUUGUUUUCCUUUUCUGGGUUUCCUUUUGAUCACAACUUCUCCUUGCUUAGUAGAUAUGAGUAACACAAUGAUGCCAAGGGUGAAGGUUAUGGUUUAUUUGGUUUAUGAUAGAGGUUAACCACCUGAACAUCCACUAUUUAUCUAAUCAACUUUUUAUCAAAGCAUUCUUUCUCCUUGUCUUUCUGAGUAAUAACUUCAUACCAGAUUAUCAGUUCAUUCUCCUGGUUAUUAAUUAUAAGGAGGUGGUAUGUCUGGUUGUUAUUAAGUCCAAAAUAUUCUUACUUUUCUUUGGCUACUUAAUUGCUUCUUUAAUGGACAUGAGUAAGGGAAAAGGAAAGACCGAAGGUAAUCUGAUCAUCAAGACAUGGGAGAGAUGCAAAUCUAUUGGCAGGGGAAGCAAGAGAACAUCAAGACUGGUACGUUCUUUAACACCAAAGAGCAAAUCAUAUCCACACAUUAAAGUUUCACUCGAAGACGACCAUGAUCGAAAACAUUCUAGGCAACGACGCGUAGCCCCUGAAGGUUGCUUCUCUGUCUAUGUUGGACCCCAGAAACAAAGGUUUGUGAUCAAGACAGAGUAUGCAAACCACCCACUAUUCAAGAUGCUGCUUGAAGAAGCGGAGUCUGAGUAUGGUUACAGCUCUGAAGGCCCUCUUACACUACCAUGCAACGUUGAUAUCUUCUACAGAGUGUUGAUGGCCGUGGAGGACACUAAUAUUGACGACAAGAUUCAUCUAGGAUGUGGCUUUGCCAAGAACUACGGAUCUUAUCACCUUCUUAGCCCAUCUAGUUGACUGCUUUGAAUUACUUCUAAUUAGGAUUAUAUAUGUAGUAUUUUGUUGUUGUUACGAUCUUCAUAAUUAGCACUUCCAAGUGCGUGUGGUAAGGUGAGCUUUGAGUUUAAGCCUUAAGGGUGUGUAAGUCAUGUCUUCUCCUAUAUGAAAUCAUGUACAGUAUUAGAGGAUAUGCAGAGGACUCGGAAAGUUUAUCCAGGUUACCUCUGUAACAUUUCCCACUGUUAUGUGAAUUUAUGUUUAAUCAAGCUGUCUAAUUAAUAUUGAUGUCUUA